AUGUCUUCUGCAAUGCUUGUAUACUCCCUCGCUGGAGCUGCAGUUCUAUCUGCAAUCAUCGUCACAAUCCUCAACGGCCUUGCCUACGCCGAACUGCAAUCAUUACCCUCACAUACUACGACAACCGGACUAGCUCCAGUCCUCAUCAGCAUCUUGACGAGCAUCACCCUGCUAGUUCUCAGCCUUCUCAUCCACAAAGAUGUCCGCAGUGACAUCCCCUGGUCGACAUGGAAACUCGGCAUCUUCUACUUCACCGGAGUAUAUCUCCUCACCAGCACCGUCUCCGUCGCUGGGACAAUCGCCUCGAACGAUCUAUACCACUCAGUCCACCAAGGAAACAUUUUCAUUGCCCGGUCCAUCUUCUGGGCUCUUUCUAUCCUUACUCAAAGCCUCUACUACGGCUUCAUCCUGGUGACUCUAGCCCAGCGCAAACCAUGCCAAGAUUGGCCACGCUCCUACGCACAGGAACUCAAAACGCUCUCCGAGAGCCCGGAACCAGUCCGCUCGCCAGCACGAACACUCUGUGAUCCAUACCCAGAGCUUCAACAAUUCGAUACGAGACGCUCUUCCCUACGCAAGUAUCCCCGUCGUUCCCACCGUUUCUCGGGCGGUACCCUCUGCGUCGAGAGAACACGUACAAAGCACGAGUCCUUUGAUACGAGUUCAUCAUCCACACUCUCUUCGCCUUCGCCUUCGCCCUCGCCAACAGCAGAGCACAUGCCCACACAGUCACAGACACAAAUGCAACCACAAUCACCAACGCAACCCCAAAACGACCCCUUCGCAGACCGCGACACCCGCCCCCUCCUCCUCCGCGGCUCCAGUUUCAGAAGCAUGCCCAGUCUCCGCCGCGAAGCAAACAUCCAACUCUCCCUCGAUAGCCUGGUCCAACCAUCCCCAACAUCCUCAACCUUCGCCCUGGACUCCCCAUCAGCAUCAUCACUAACUCUCCCGGAGACAUACGCAUUCUACGCCCCCAAUCACUCCCAAGUCCAAGCACACGGAUUCGCAUCUACAUCUCUACCCCCUCCCCCCACUCCCCUCACCCACAUUCCCACCCCGCGAACAAAACAUCCACCCCCUCUUCCGCUCCACGAGUCCCUGCCCGAGUCCCACGCCACUACCUGGUAG